AUGCCGGGAAGUAGAGUGAGCGUAACCAAGGACAAGUCCGAGGAGCUCGAUACAUCUUGGAGAGCGGGAUGGAAACGCGCCUACAACGCAAGAGGUGUCGGGCUGGCUUGGGAGAACCCGUAUCUCUGGCCUGAACAGAAGAGCACCAUCGUCUUCGCCAAACCCUCGGAAGACACCUAUAAAGAUAAGCCGAUCGAGGCUCCAGCAUCGCGUCAUAGUCUCGCAACCCGUGGAAAAUGGUCUGCUGUAGCGAUUCAUUGUGGGUAUCUAGCACUGAACUACCUCGCCAUGUCUCUUUACUUCGAACACAGAGUUUCGGCGACCGUUGGCGGAUUUGUCCCCUCAGACCUUAGCCCAGAAAAAGAAGGCAUACUGCGACGUCUCUUCCAGCAAAUGAACUCAGCCGACCCUACCGCAUCGCCUGUCACAGUACGAGAACUCCAAAUACGCCUCUUAUUGGCCGCCAACAAGUUCAUUCCUGACGUCCUCUCCUUGUCUGCCUUCCACGAUUUCUUAGCUAUCAUCUUCAUCGCAACCGGCAUCGACCAACCGUGGGAAUGGCCCCCGCUAUUCGGGCCCUUGACAGAGGCUUACACCAUGCGCCGCUUUUGGGCCAACUUCUGGCAUCGUCUCGUGUACAAGUCAUUCAACUUCCACGCAUCGACGUUCACGAAGAUGCUUCGCAUCCCUCAAGGGACAUCUUUCUCUCGAAUACUCAACAACUGCCUCGUCUUUGUGCUCUCAGCUAUCAUGCACGCGACAGUCACAUGGCUGUAUGGCGGAAAAUGCGCUUGGGGCAGAGGCACGAUGGUGUUCUGGUGCAUACAGCCGAUGUCGUUUGUACUCGAGGGUCUAGUUCAGUACAAUUGGAAGCAGUACCGGAAGAGCGCGCUGUGGUGGGCGAAUCCUUCAGUUGUCGCAGCCUUUGAAAGGGUUGUAGGAUAUGGAUGGGUCGUUGCUUGGCUAAUGUGGUGUGCGCCCAAGGCCGAUUUUGCCUUUCAGAAUUGUCGUGUAUAG